AUGCUACGCCCUUCGAUCCUCUCGGAAUCCCACAAUACAAAGUGCUUGAGCGCAGGCGAUGCCUCUUCGCUCACCCUAACGUUUCUCAACUCCCAACAACAUUUAAGGACAAGGCACCUGAGCAAAGGGCAGCCCAACAUUAUCGUGACAAAAGUCCCGCCAUCAACUUGGACCCGUUUGAGGGUGAGCUUGCGCAAACUUUUAAACCGCACACUCUCAAUAGGGCUCAGCCUGCAUUUGCAUAAGUGUAGUUCUUCGAGGGACUCGGCUAAGAACACUGCAGAGGGCAGGGCGGCUAUUAUCGGGAUCCAUUUGUCGAGAAGGGAGAUGACCGGUCGUGAGACGGGCCUGCAUAAGUCGAGACGGAACAAAGUUUUGUGGUGUACUGUUGAACAAAUUGAGGUUGGGGAGAGUUGA